AUGGAAGGAAUAAAUGGAAGCUCUGGUUCACCUGCACCAUUUCUGUUGAAAACAUAUGAAAUGGUGGAUGAUUCUCUGACUAAUGCAGUGGUGUCUUGGAACAAAUUGCAAAUUUCAUGUCAUUGUUUGGUGUUUAAACUUGGCAAUGAAUCGAUAUGUUGGCUGAAGCAAGAAAGAGUCUCCCUCGAGACAGAGGUGGAGAGGUACAGACAGGAAAAUCGAGGCUACGAGCACGAGCUGAGAUCACUGGGGCAGACAUUGCACACCAUUGACCAAAGGCAGCGGCAGCUGUUGGAUAACUUGGCUCAUCUCCUGCAGAGCCCGAGUUUGAUAGACCAAUCCGAAUCUCCGAACAAGAAGAGACGGAUGCUUGCUCUGCACUACUUCAAAGACGAAGCCAUGUUGAUCGAAGACAAUCCAAGCCCUUCAUCUCCCCCACUGUUGGACUUGAAGCAAGUCGAGAAGCUCGACUCGUCUCUCACUUUCUGGGAGAAAUUCAUUCACGAGAUCGACCAAAUCCCCUCAGAUUCCCCGUCCUCCUCGCCUAUGGAGUCUGACAUCAAUAACAUUAUCCCGGGAUCGCCUUGCUCUGCAUCCUCGGCCUAUAUCGAAAGCCCUGCAAUAUCAUCCAUCCGAAUCGAUCCUGACUCGAGACCAUCAGGAGUCGACAUCAACAUAAGUCCGGCCAAAACCCCAGAUGCUAGAUCAGCUGAAGCUCGACACGGGAGUCAGUCUGUGCCGGCUAAUGAUGUGUUCUGGCAACAGUUUCUGACGGAGGCUCCCGUGCAGCCGGAUCCUAGUAGAUUCGCGGAGGAACACAAGCCUUGGUGGAUUGUGGAUGGCCUUAACCAACACAUGAUCCAUCUCACUGAAGGUGAGAGGAUCUGAUGGUAUAUAUAUUAGAUGAUUCAUGUUGUUUUCUUGUUCUAGAUUUUACUUGUUUUCCAUUUUUGCUUUGUGUAUCAUUAGACUGCAUAUAUAUAGGGGUUUUGUGAAUGA